CUGUUGAUGACGCACUAAAACGUCGACAGUCGUUUCUGGAGCGUGUGUUUAUUGUCCACCAGCACAAAUCUAAACCGUUUUAAUGUUGAACACAAGUUAAUUACCGCGCAUUCCGGCUCCAGACGCAGAUGGAUUUCUAUAGGAAGCAGGUGAAAUCAGACUGCGAGGAGCUGCUGAGCCGUUUCCUUCGAACAGACUCGGUCCGCUUCGAGAUUUUCGCCAAAAUAUGGAGAGAAAUGAAGUUCUCCCAUAUUUUCCACGGCACUACGAAGCAUGAGAAGCGGCAGUUCAGUCGCCUGGUUCUGGACUCGGCCUACAGCUUCCUGCUGCCCCCGUUCAGUUUCCAGAUCAGGGUGGGAGGACUCUACCUGCUCUACAGCCUCUAUCACUGCCAGAGCGCCUCGCCCCCGGAGCAGAUCCGUCUGGCGCUGAAGGACUGGGAAGACCUGAAAAAGUUUGAGAAAGAUGCUUCAAACGCUCAACACCACGACGCCGUCUACAUCCUGCACCGGCUGAUGUUCCUCAAAGCUUUCCUCUUCACUGCUAUGCCCACAGUGCUCGUCUACAAGAAGAAGAGAAAAGCUGAGCGGUCGAUGUUGUGCGAGGAGUUUAUGGAGCGAGCGAGUUGUCCUCAGGAGCUGAUCACCGCUAAGCUGCUGGAGGACUUGUCCUCUGUUCACGACUUGUACGAGAAGCUGAAGACCUCCGUUUGUUCACCGUCAGAAAAAGCCGAUUCGUCCCUGAGCCUCAUCAAUAAAGACCUCGUCCCUCAGCUACGUGACACUGUGAUGGACUUCUACAAGUGGCAGCAAAGGAAGGAGAAGUCAGAUGAAGAGGACGACAGCGGCGAGGGCACGUCGUCUCAGCAGGCUUGCUCUAGAAGAGCCGAGCAACUCGCUCUCAUCAAGUCAAAAGCAUACGGACAAGCGCUCGAGGCCCCUAAGUCACGUCGUCAUCGCCAAGUGGAGGUGGAUUUCACCAGCAGCGAAGCCGGACCUUCGUCAGGAUCCUCCAGAAUAAGCAAACCGUCGCUCAAAAGCAGAGUCAGUGAGACUCUGCAGAUGUCAGGUGAUUUAUGGAAAGAAGCCUCAACGACCACUUACAUCAACUGUCUCACCACCAUCGACUCUGCUCCUGAAAAACCAAAACCCUUAAAGAAGUUCAAGUGGCAUCAGGAGUGGACCUGAACCUGAUGUGCUGUUUGAUGCUUUGUUACUUUAGGUUUUAAUGUUAUUGUAACUGUUUGUUUUAAAAAACAUUAGUGCUGCAGUUAAUUGAUACAGACAAUGUGAUUAAAAUAUAAUUGUUCUAACAUUGAUUAUGGCUGUAACACAACGCAGAGUUUUGCCAAAUGUAAGUCACAGUCGUUGAAGCCAUAAACAAUCUGUAUUUUGUUAAUAGUUUUUAAAUUAAUCUUUGCCGAUGUUUUAGCUUUUCUCUCACAUGUAAAAGUAGAUUAAGUCUGCGUUUGUUGAACAGGAUUACAUUAAUAUGUAAAAUGAAUAUGAACAUUGUCCUUAUGAAUUUUAUCUUCUUUGCAGAUUCUCUGAACUUACAACUUGUGCUUUUAUAUUUUAAUAUUUAAUACAGUGUCAUUUUUUACUAAAAGAUGAUUUUUUUAUUUGUUAUAUUCGACCAUACAACUUAUGUGGCAUA